AUGCUUUGCAAACGCAACAAACUCAAUCCCAUUUAUGGUACGUGCGACUACGACUACGACUACGGUCGCAUCGUUGGGGGCGAGCCGACCAGCAUCGAGUACCAUCCUUAUCAGGUAUCACUGCGACGUAAUGAACGUCAUACUUGCGGUGGAUCAAUAAUCAGCGAAACUUGGAUUCUUACAGCUGCUCAUUGUGUCGCACGGGCUUUUUCGUCUGCGGUAUCGAUCCAAGCAGGCACUUCGAAUCUCAGCUCAGGUGGAAGAAUCAUCGAAGCUAAAAACAUCAUCGUUCACGAUGAUUAUUCCAGUCGCACGUCGGACUAUGACAUUGCUGUGAUCGAGUUGGAGGAGCCACUGACGUUUGAUGGAAGCAUAAAACCCAUUGUUUUGGCACCUUCGGAGGAUCAUUACAGAGCAGGCUCUUACGCAACUGUUACGGGUUGGGGACUUCGCCAGAUAAAAGGAUCGAUAAGCGAUCAAUUACGAGAAGUUGAGGUCCCCGUCGUAUCCAAUUCCGAGUGCUAUAAACUUUAUAAACAACGGAGAAUAACCGAUCGGAUGUUGUGCGCUGGUUACAUCGGUGAGGGUGGCAGGGACGCUUGCUUUGGUGACAGCGGCGGUCCUUUAGUACAAAACGGCCAACAGAUCGGAAUAGUGUCGUGGGGAUACGAAUGCGCGCAUCCUGCCUAUCCUGGAGUUUAUACCCGAGUUGGAGCCCUACGUAGCUGGAUCAACGAACAAACUGGCGUGUGAGCCAAAAAUAAAGUGCGAGAGCCAGAGAGAGAGAGAGAGAGAUAGACAGUGUGUGAGUGUGUGCACUUGUGUGUGUGAGCGAGUGAGAAGGAGAUCGAUCAAAUAACGGGAAGUGCAGCCAGUAUCGAUUCUCUUCCCCCCGCAGCACAGUUGCGACCAUGUACUUGCGUUAGUGCAGUUGAAUGAAAUUUUCCAAAACGUCAAAGUGACGUACUACAGCA